CUCUAUAUGACGUCAUGUAGCUAAACCCGAUUCUUGAGGACCUCUUCACCCGUCAAGCCUUAGUGCCAACAAUGCAAGACCUAUAUCGAUAAUAGAGGAACGUUCGGCGUGCAUCCUCGCUAGUCAAUGCUUGUCUUCGAAGUACGUCAACAAAAGCCGAUCCAUCAACGAUGCAAACGCCAAACUCCGAACACUGCCGAAAAGCAGGCCAGUGGCAAAGCUCUUGUCUUCUCACUCAGCUAGAAACCUCCCCUCGUCCGCCACAAAAGUCCUCGUGUUGACUUGCCCUCCCGUUUACACUGGCGGCGUGAAGAUGACGAGAGAGCUUGAGCACAAGACAGAGAAGACGCAGGCUAGCUCUGAUGGGGCUUCACCUGCACCGGCGCAGCCUAGACAAUUCCCCCCGGAACUCUGGUCACUCAUCUUCGUGAGCGUGGUCGACCGCGCUACGCUCCUCUCUGCCAGUCUGGCGUGUCGAGUGGCUCACAGGGAAGUCGACCCCUACCUCUACAGAGAGAUUGUUUUCAAAUGCUGGCGAAACCGGUACAUCUGUGCUGUACACGAUACCCUUGAAGCCGCACCGCGCCGUGCCAAUAUGGUGCAGGUGCUGGCGAUCCAAAGUGCCACUGGUCACAUCGAAAGUACGGCUGUCUCCGCGUUAGUGGACAUCUUUCGCAUGGUUCCGAACCUGGAGGGGCUUUCAUUGACCUUGUUUGACGAAACGAACGUCAACACACUGUACCCCGUAUUGGAGCAGCUGAAGACCCCGUGCCCGUUUCGUCUCAACUCCCUCUCUACAAACAUACCACUCCCACAGGCAGCCCUCAGCAUCUACGCCCAGCAGCCAGAGAUCAUCUCUCUCCGUUGGAACGGCUCAGGCCCCCUCGAUCCCGCGUCUCGCAUCCCGUCUACCGCGCUCCCCCGCCUGAAGUGCCUGAGUUGCCUGGCGGGGUACAGGCCUUUCAAUAAGUCCGCGCGCGGCAUCACACAUCUCGAGGUCGGCAUACCUAGCCUACUGCCUAGCAUACUGUCCUCGCCGGAGAUCAACCUGAUCCUGUCCCUGCUCGCGGACACACUCGUCAGCCUUAAGGUUCUCGAGCGCAGGCGGGGGUACGCGCGUAUCAUGCCUGCGAUCUCGCAUAGGAUACCGAAGUGCUUGAGGCACCUUGAAGUGCAUGAACGCGCGAGGCCUCAAAGUACGGCACCUUUGGACCCGUUGUUAAUGUCAUCGCAAACCUACUUCACGCAUCUGUUCCUGGAGCCCGGUUUGACGCUGGAGACUUUCGUCUGGGGAGCGCUGUGGAUGCGCUCUUCUGAGAGCAAUCUGGAGGCAAGCUAUCAAGAGGGGAUUCAGACGUUGGCAGAGGACCUCGCGAUACCGUGUCGAACUCUGCGCCGGUUCAUCCUUUGUGAGAAGAACAAGUCUGUGACGUAUACGCUGCGAAAUGGGAAAGUAGCGGAUCGCGUCGAACUGCCGGGCUUUUCGAAUGACACUUGGGCUAGGGUGUGAAUGGUCUAGGAACCAGCGAAGUAGCAUAGAUUGAUCGUGAGUGUUAUACGCACGAUAUCGCUGCUCACAUCUCUAUGCGCGGUCAUAUCGCAUGUAUGUGAUGUUAUA